AUGUUGAUACGAUGGCUGCUGGCAGCAAUAAGCCUCGUGGCCCAUAUUUCUGCAGAAUAUUGUGGAAAUAACAAAAUCCCUUAUGGUAUUGAGGUGCAUAAAGAUGGGCGGCUCGUAUUACUCUGCUCCAAACCCGAAUGUUUUGAGAAGAAAUAUGCGGAAUGUGAUGAGCGUCCACUCCGUACCCACGGCUGCCCGUCGAACUCGUCCUGGGUGGGUGGCGUGCAGCGGGUGGCUGGGAGCAGUGUGCUCUACACCCAAUGCUGCGACUACGAGUACUUGGCCGAGUACAGCGAGCUGCUGUACAAGAAGGUGACCGUCCGGCGGGGCGAGUUCUUCGAGGGCGAGGAGAAGCAGGACAAGGGUGGCGACGUCACGUCGUUUGACGUCAUCACCGACAUCCAGAUGCUCAAGGAGGAGAAGGGCGAACCGUACUACAACAUCCAAGUGCACCGCUACAACUGCGCCAAGGCCCCCGACCCCGAGCCGGUCUGGCUGCCCGCCGACCCGUGGCCCCAUUUCUUGCCGAAACUCCCCAAGAAGCACCGGAAUUUA